GAAAUGAGUGAUAAACCGUUAAUAAAUUAAUUUUACAAUUUUUUGUAUUUUUUGGGGGGGGCGCCAUGACCUCCUGGAGGCCCCCUGAGGGUCUCACGGAUCCCAGUUUGAAAACCCCUGAUCUAGAGAACAUUUGAUUGGACAAAAAUCUGUUUAGUGCAAGAUAAUUUAUGAGUGUUUUUGGUCAGUUAUUCCAGAAGUAAAAGCACAUUUUAAAUACAAAUAUUUUCUAAAUAAAGAAAGCUUUUAACUGAGAUAGAAUAAAACCCACGAACGUCUAGUUUAGAUUUUUUAUGGUUAUUAAACUUUAAAAAAUUUAAGCACUUUGUAGCACUCUUUUUUGACUCAUGGUGUCAUAUGUUACCCAGGAGUGCUGUUUCGAAAAGUUUACAGAGUAAAGGGGGUCGCACACCAGAUGAAAAGCACUACGUCGCGUGUACAGUAGGACAACUCGCAGGUAUCACAUGCCGGAUGUGCACAUUUAACUCUUUCCCCGCCAUUGACGAUUCAUCUUGUCAAUUAGGAGAAAACAUUUCCCUGCCAAUGACGCUUUCAGUUUGAGUUUUUUAUGGUAAUCUGUAAUUCCGCAAUUUAUAAAAAACUGAUGCAAAAAGGAAUUAAACCAAUGUUAAAUUCCGUGUAUGUUUUGUAAUCCUUCUAAAAAAAUUCCUUCAAAAAAAUGCAAAAAUGUCAGCUUUUUGCUCAAAAUAAACCUACUCCUAGUUAAAUAGUUAUAAAAAGAGAACAAAUGAAGAUGAAACUUUUUCCCCAGUUUUGUUUGUUUGUUUGGUCUGUUCAUUAAUUUGAUAUAUUUGUAUGUUUAUAUAUUUAUAAAAGAAAAUUUUCCUGGAAAAUCACAAAAAAUGCUGCCUGCCAACUUAAAAAAAAGGCUGGAAUUUUUAGACGUGCAGCCUCCUUAACACUAGUAGUUUGCUGUAAAGUUUUGCACAAGAAGAAAUGUUUACUUUGUAAUAUAUGUAGAUUUUAGGUAGAUUUAGGGAUUUAGAUGUGCAGCCAAGACUGUAAUAUUUACUAAUCCCCUAUCACAGUGAAGGCUUACCGCAGUAAAUUCUGCUCGGCCAGCAACCUCACUCCACAUGCUGGUUGGGAGAUGCAGCCAAGAGCCAGAGACUUUGUUACUGAUUCUGCAAUGAUCCGCUAGAUAUCGCUACGGAGGUGGAAAAGACUCAGACUGGUUUUCCAAAUGCCACUGAGCUAAGCAGCUCUACAUCUUUCUGUUCUGGCUUUUAACUGUGGGCAUUCAUGCUUUGUCUUGUGUUGCAGUCUGUUUAACGGUCUGGCGUGUUGAUCUGUGCUGUUCCUGCUUCUCAGAAUCUGCUAUAUGUUUCCAUCACCCUCUUAUCUUGAUGGUGCUGACAGUUCUUAAAUUAUACUGACAUAUUCCCAGUGCUUGUAUUAACUCAGGGGUCCAAUAAUUGCUGAACUAUGUCCUUCUUCUGUUCCCAUUUGUGGGCAUCCCACCUGUGAUGAGUGACUGAGAUGUCCAAAAUGGCUCUGAGACACAUAUUCAUCGUCACCCUUAAAUAGGCUACUCACACAGGGAUGCGCUCGUACAUUUACAAACAAAGCUCUGUGAUUGGCUCACAGGCGGAGCACACUGGGAUGAGGACGUACUACUUUAGUGCAGACACGCAGGAGGACAUGAACACCUGGGUCAGGGCCAUGAAUCAGGCUGCUUUAAUGAAGACAAAUACAGUGAAGAGAGAGGUGUUGGAUCAUCCAGACCGAGUGGGCGAGAAACUCAGGCAGCAGGCUGUUCCUCAAACCAAUCACAUCAACAGCUACGUGAUCCCUGAACCUGAGGUCAUCCAGACUGACAGGCCACCGGAGAGGAAGCCGGAGGGAUUUGUGGGAGAGGUGGAGAGCCAGGUUGGCCCAAGAGAGAUGGAGCAGGUGAGGGGUAAAUCUCCAGUCAGCAGGGUAGUGGAAGUGGAGAUUUUACCCCCAACGUCCCAGGUUCCUUCUCGGGCACCAUCCAGGGCCGUCUCAACCCCACCGGUCGUAAUGAGAAACGGCACACCCUUCGAACAGAACGGCACGGCUGGGUAUCAAAGAGGACCCACGCCGCCUUCUCAAACUCCAGUCAAGGUACAGAGGAGGAGCGCUCUGGAAAAGGUGGAAAAUUGGGUUCAGGUCCAGAAAGAUGAGCGCCGGGGGUUGGUCGUUACCGACGGCACAAUCCCACGUCAAACGCCUUCAAUUCAUCCAAAGUAUGGCACAAUAGACAAGUACCAGUCUUUACCCAAGAACCCACUGCAAAGCCCUCCCGCCACCCAACGGCAGGUGCCCAGCGAAUACAAGUAUUCCCACGACCGGCUUAACCACUACCAGCAGACCCACGGGUACUUGCAGCGGCCCAGGGCGAAUGAAAACACGGUGUGGCAGCUCUAUGAGUGGCAACAGCGGCAGCAGUUUCGCCACGGCAGCCCCACCGCUCCCAUAUACACUCCGGCUCCAGACUACUCCACCGCCGUGUCCUCCAACAGGGUCAGUUCGGACAUCUCUCGCUCCGUCUCUGUGCCUCCCACCAUGGCAGAUAUCCCUCCUCCUGGCCCACCCGGGCCCAGGCUACUGUCUCCCCGCAGACCCCACACACCAGCGGAGCGCGUUACGGUCAAACCUCUGGAGGACAGGUCCACUGUGGAAGUGCCACCAUCAAACCCGCCUCACAGAUCACGAUCUUAUAAGUCAGCCACAAUUGAAAGACGCACCGUGCCGCCAUCUGGCUACAUCAUGCACACAGUCAGUGCGCCCAGCCUUCACGGAAAAACAGCAGAUGAUACAUACAUGCAUUUGAAGAAGGACCUUGAAUAUUUAGAUCUGAAGAUGAAAAGUUUAGAGCCUUUGAUCCUCAUGGUUCACGGUGUGUUACAAACCUGCUCUUCGGGCGGGUUGAGAUCGCUCUGGAACGUGAGCGGAAGUGAAACUCUGAAAGGGCGACCGACCAAACCUGUAAAGGUGGCUGAAAGUGACGUGGACGUGACACUGAGUCGACUGUGUGAACAGGACAAAGUUUUGCAAGAGCUUGAGAUCAGACUCAGUGGACUGAAGGAAGAUAAGGAUAAGCUGGAGUCUGUUCUGGAUAUGUCUCACCAGCAGAUGGAGAAGUACCAGGACCAACCGGCUCACGCUGAGAAGAUCGCCUACCAACAGCGCCUUCUUCAGGAAGACCUGGUCCACAUACGAGCAGACAUGUCCAGAGUGGCCACAGAGAUGGAGAGAGCAUGGGAGGAGUACUGCAGACUGGAGCAGUCCGUGGAACAGCUGAGGAACGUUUUGCAGUCUCAGAUGAAUGUUUGUCCUUCACCUCAGGAGAAGAAUCAGUUGAGGAGAGAGCUCUGGAGGAUAGAGGAUGUGAUGACUGGACUUAGUUCCACCAAAGAAACCUUCAAAAUCACCGUAGACUCAGUGAAAAACCCAGAGAGAAAACUUGUGCCUUCAGUAACAGAUUCAACAGUGCCUUUUCGGUGCAUUACCCCAGCAGCGGCUGAGGUACGGUCACCCCAAAGAAGUCUUGCCUCCAGUCCAUUAUCACUGCCUCCAGACAAUGAAGCUACCCUGCAGCAUCCUGUGCCAAAAUGGGAAGAUGACUAUGCCCCACCCCGACCACCUUUGCCCCUCCUCUAUGAUGAGGACACACCCCCUGUUGUCCCUCCCCUUCCUAAAGAAACAUCAGUCAUCAGACACACUUCUGUACGUGGUCUCAAGCGUCAGUCUGAUGAGAGGAAACGUGACAGAGAAAGCAACUACACGAAUGGAGAUUGCAGGAUGGAGCUGAGAUCCUACCUAAGUGAACCAGAGCUGCCUGGGAGUGUUCACGGAUCAGAUCAGGUGGACCCAGGCUACUUGACUCUCCAAAGAAGAGGUUUGUCAGGCUCCUCCUCCAGGAUAAAUCAGUAUAGUGGCAUGACCUCUUCAGUAAGGAGAGGAGAUUCAGGAUUACACACAAUGGAAAGACCAAAGAGUGCCUUGGAGCGUCUGUGUUCAGGAGAAUCUCAGCCUGAUCACCUGCCACAGAUAAGAGCGAGGAUGAGUGUGGAGGAACAGCUGGAGAGGAUGAAGAGGCACCAGAGAGCUUUAGUGCGCGACCGCAAACGUAACUUGAGUCAGGGGGAGCGACAAUCCGUUGGAUCCCGCACCUCCGGUCGCCCCGUCAACUCUGACCCAGGAUCAGGCUGGGAGAAACAAAUUUAUUUACAGCGACCGAAACAUACAGUGCGGGGGGAAGAGAAACAGCGGCCUGUGUCAGAUGAAUGGCUGACGGUUCGAGCCAGACCACUAGAAGAACAAGAUAUGCAGUCUGUGGACCUCGAGUUUGACAUUAUCCGAGAGCUCUCUACACCACAGAAGGUACCCAUCCCAAAGCGACUCCUGGACAUGGAGUUAGAUGAAGACCUGAGUCAGGAGGAGAAGGAGGCUCGUUCUCGAAACGUAGCAAAGAUUAAAAGUCUUCUGGCUAGGUCGAGUGAGUCAACGUCACAGUCUGCGGAUGUGGAGCAGUUAGAUUUCAAUGAUCUGGAUGAUGCACUUCAACAGCAGGAGAGGAUCAUGAGUGUACCUCGGGCUCUGGCCUUGGAGGCUUCAAUUAAAAGGAAACAAGUCACAGCCAAAGCCAUGUCUGAGAAUCAAAACAGUUGAGAUGCUAUCAUAUGAUAGAAACGAAGAUCGAUUUUUCUACCAAAUAUUUAUAAUUGACAUUUAUUCUUUAAAUAAAACAUUUUAUAUUUAAGAUAAAAUAUUUUUUGUAAAAUAUGUUUUUAUUUACUGGUGCACCAAAUAUUUUACCAGUUUUAUAAUGAUAUUUUUUCUAUAAAUUUUCUAUUAACCAUGUAGUCUUGAUAUAAGGUACUUAUAUAAUCGUUUGCAGUGUUUGCAUCUUUUAUAAACCUAUUUAAAUGAAACCCCUUUACUCAGUAAAACCAUCAUCCUGGUGUUACUCCAUAAUAUACAGCAGGUACAUACAGCUUUAAAGGUGUAAAUUCAGGGAUACUGUUGUUGUAUUACGAGGUAUUACUCAUCAAAGCAUUGAAUGUCCUUCAUUGUGUUGUUUAAAGAGCGUUAAUAAAAGUAAUUUAUAACACAAAAGUUUUCAAGUACACUGUUAUUUGCUACUCUGUAUUGUAUCGUAUUGUCUUGUAAUGCCACAUUUAUUUGCUUUUUUUAUGCACUUAAAUUAAUAAAGUAAUAGUUUUAUGAUGUCAAA